AUGGCAUCAGCUGUCAAAUUCGACAUUCCAGCUUUCGCUCGCUCAUUCACCUGCUUUUCGCGUCUACCGCCCGAAAUCCGACAGCAGAUCUGGGAAGACGCCAUUUUCGAACCAGGCAUGCACUUUUUACGUCUCAAAACUGCAGCCCGCAUUCGUCACUUACCUUCACCGUUGCCGACCGGCCACUUCGAUGGCGACGACGAGGAGGAGGAAGAUGAUCCUCUUCUCGACUUUGCUCGAGAGAAAAUACCUUCUAGGGUCUGGCCUGCCACCCUGGAGCCACGAUACCCGACACCCCAGGCCAACAUUUCCAACUAUCUCGCCGUCAAUCGUGUGCUGAACAGACUGUCGGCCACCUGCUUCGAGUCCGCUUCAGUUGUUCGACGUCUGACCAAUGCACCCGGUGGCUUGAAGCUAAAAGGCGGCCACGUCGUCUCCCUCGGUGGCUCCUGUGAUGUGGUGUGCCUAGAGUACUUGUCUGCCGAUGACUUUCGAAGCUGGUGUCGCAUGUCUCUGGAUAUCGAAUGCAAACAGCUUGCUAAGAUUCGCCACGUGGCUAUACCCUACUGUCACGCCUGGGAAGCCAGUGUUUCCGGUUUUCGGUGCAGCCAUUGCGGCAACCGCCACGGCGGCGGCGCUCAGAAGGUCUAUCCUGUCCACCUCUACGAAUUCCUCGCCCGGUAUUUACCAAAUCUACAAACUUUCUACUUCAUCGACUACCUUAUUGUCAAGAAGAACAUGAGUAACGACUCGCCCGAAGGGGCCCCCGAACAGAUCAUGUCGCCACCUCCAGAUGUUGUUGCAGACCGAGAGCCUGCCUUUGAGCCGUCUAAGAAGCGUACAAAGGAAGAUGCUGCUGACGGUCUUUCAUCGCCGAACAAAGUGGCUGGCCCGGUUGAGACAAUGGAGGCGGCCAGCAACGAUACAAAGCCAGAGGCAACACCCUCAAGCUCCGAUCCGAAGCUGAAAGUUGCGCAAAGAGUAUUUAAAUGUGAAGGCAGAGUCUUUUGUCAAUUCGAUGAGGAUCACUGGGAUGUCAAGUCUAGAGUAGUCGACACCAUGUCCUGGCUCCAGAAGAGGUUCAUUCUCUAUGCCAACCGAAGCAAGCUCAGCAAGCAUGCACACCCCGAGAAUGUCCAGUUCAAGAUUCUGUCAUGCGAAUGGGAUGAAAGGGAACCCGACGCACAGCCAAGGCUGAAGAGAGCUGCACAGGCUGUCAAGAGGGCCUUGGAAAAGAAGCCGCGACCACAACACCACUCACACCCCUUGGACAAAGAGAUGCCGCCAAUGCUUAAUCCGACAACUCCCCCAACUUCGCCAUUCUCACCGUCACUUUCUACCUCAAUUGACGGGUUCGAUUACAUUUUUGGCAGAGAGGAAGAAUGGGAUUUUGCCUUCAGUCAGGUAUGUAGGUUAUAA